AUGCGCGCCCUCGCACGCUGCCUGGCGCUCUGCGCCCUCGCCGCCUACGCCGCCGCCGCCGGCCCCGACAGGCACGUGUCGCUGGGCAUCUUCGACGGCACUGGCGCUGCCGAACACGAGUUCCCGUCGCAGGUGUUUGUCAUCUCGCUCAUUAAUGAGCCGUGGAGGGGCAACAGCUUCUACAGGACAUGUGGGGGCACCAUCAUCUCCGCGAAAUGGAUUCUCACUGCAGCACACUGCGUGAACGGCAGCGCGCGCACGGAGGUGCGUGCGGGCUCCAGCGUGCGGGGCUCGGCGUGGGGGCCGGGGAAGCUGCUGGCCAAGCGGCGCAUCGUCCACGAGAAGUACCGCCUCUACGGACGGAACGACAACAACGCGGCGGACGACAUCGCCUUAGUCGAGCUGGAGCUGCCGCUGGACGGGCGCCGAAUGGCCGCGGUGCCGAUGGCCAAGGGCAAACCGGCGAGUCGGCGGGGCGUCGUCAUCGGCUGGGGGCUCACGGAACAGGGCGAUUAUGCCAAGAUUCUACAGAAACUGGACGUAAACAUAAUACCAUGCCCUGAGAAGACUCCGAAAGCAAUUUGUAUCCGUUCCGCGCCAGGAUCAGGCGUAUGCUCGGGCGACUCGGGCGGGCCGCUGCUGGUGGACGGCGUGCUGCACGGCGUGGCGUCGUACAUCGACCUGGCGGACAAGGCGCUGGAGCCCAACGACCACUGCGGCGACGGGCGCGGGUGGGGCGUGUACAUGCGCGUGGCCUCCUACCGCCGCUGGAUCCAGCGGCACACCGGCAUCGCCCCCUGACCUUUCGAAAUGCACUCAACCUUUAAAACGUAUUUGAAUGUAUUAAAU